AUGAACAGGGAGUGCAGUGCUCUCAUUCAAACAGAGCCACCUACAAAAAAGAAGAAUCCAGGGAAUUUUCACAUUCCCUGUGCUAUAGGAGAGACAAUGAUUGAUAAGGGGCUCUGUGACCUGGGAGCAAGUAUCAACUUGAUGCCUCUGUCUCUCAUGAAAAGGCUUCAAAUCAAUAAGCUAACACCCACAGACGUAAUCAUCAAACUGGCUGACAAAACUCAAAAACAAGUGAUAGGAGUUGUUGAAAACAUGUUAGUGAAGGUUGGAAACUACUUCCUCCCCACAGACUUUGUUAUCUUGGAGAUGGAAGAAAAUCACAUCCAUCCUAUCAUCAUAGGGAGGCCAUUCUUAGCCACAGCUAGGGCGCUUAUAGAUGUGGAGCGAGGAGAGCUAGUAUUGAGGAUACACGAUGAACAGCUCACCUUCAACGUAUUCAAACCCUCACAAGAAGCAGAUCAUGAUAACGAAAAGUCAAAGGAAGAGCACAAUGAGGAGCUGAUGGAAGAGAUAAUAAAGGGAGCACAAGCACCACACCUAAGAACUCCUAUGAUUAACAAGCAAUGUAGUAAGAAGAACAAUAGCCAAGUGUGA